AUGCAGGUCCUACUAUUCCUGAUUGCACUUCUCUUGCCUUCUGGAGCUGGAGCUGAGGAGAUUAUUGGUGGUGUUGAAGCUAAACCACACUCCCGCCCUUACAUGGCCCAUCUGAAGAUCAUCACUGAUGGAGGUUCUGAGACCAGCUGUGGUGGGUUUCUCAUAGCCCCCCAAUUUGUGUUGACUGCUGCACACUGUAGAGGAAGAGAAAUCACUGUCACCCUUGGAGCUCAUGAUGUGAGCAAGAUUGAAUCCACACAACAGAGGAUAAAAGUCGAAAAACAAUUCAUUCACAAAAAUUACAACAUGUUUUUCAAUCUCUGUGACAUCAUGUUACUGAAGCUUGAAGCAAAUGCUAAAUUGACUCCUGCUGUGAAUGUAAUUUCCCUGCCUGGUCCCUCAGACUUUAUUGACCAUGGGCAGAUGUGCUGGACUGCUGGCUGGGGGAAAACUGGAGUGAAAGAACCUACCUCACAUACCCUGAGAGAGGUUGAAUUGAGAAUCAUGGAUAAAGACGCCUGUAAAAUGUACAAUCCUUUUGACUAUAACUUCCAGGUCUGUGUGGGAAGUUCCACAAAGUUAAAAACAGCAUACAUGGCUUCUACUCCUGAGACUCUGGGAACUGAUAUUCUCCUCUUUCUCAACUCCAAGCCCUGCCCACAACAUUCCCGUGAGGUUCCAGAAGAGAAAGGAUGGGAGUAA